UUAUGUAAUAGACAUGUUUAUUUGUACUGUCACAUGUCUUGUUAGUUUUUGUGUGUGUGAAACAUAGCUUCUUCGAUGCCACACCUAUUUCUGAGAAGUCAGACAAUAAAAUACUGUUGUAGCAGUUGUAACAAUUGCAAAGUAAUGAAAACCAGGGUGCUGGAAAAUGACCAUUUUCGUAAUUUCCUUUGCCUGACCUUACUUUAUCAAUCCACCCAUGUUUGAGCCUGAGCCCAGCCUGUCCGACACAACACCCUGGACAGGACACUGGGGCUCAGACACACCUAUGGGUGUUCCCAGACCCCACUUAACCUAAGCAGCAUGUCUUUGAGCUGUGAGUGGAAACCCUAGCGUAACUUACAAACUCUACACAAAACACAGACCAAAAUCGAACCCGGGACCAAGAGCUGACACUCUACGGUACCACCUACUCUUACCCAUGUUCUUAAAACAUAAUGGCUAGAAUUCAUAACAUUUGACCUUUUUGGGGAUCUUUUGUUAAAAGACGGGGGUCUAUGUCUUUGUAAACACGUGGGACUUCUUAGUGUCAGCUGUUUCACCCUAAAUUGUUAGGUCGCGAGAAGAAAGCCGACCUGCAUCAUUGUAAGGCCUUUGUCUCCACCUCGUGGUCGUCCUGUGUAAUAGCACCGAUAAGAUCGGAACGCAGAGCCUCCAAUUCUGCCGCACAGAAGCCUGUCAGUCAGGCUGCUCCUGUCAAAGCACCACAAGUAUUUAACAGUCUGGGAGCUCUGUGCUCCUACAAACGUCACAGAGAAAAAAAAACAAGGAAAUUAUAAUUGAUCCAAAGGGCAAAUGUCUCUAAAUGGCAUGAGUCUGUUAGUCAGUUCUUCGUUGUUCUUGAACACACAGCUGUGCAAACCUAGACUUAGUUGAAUCCCUCCGAACAUGAACUGAGAUAUAUAUAUAUAAGAGCCUUUACUGCAUUAUAAAUCCGUUCAGCCAGGUACUACAGCCACCUCGUUUCAGGACAAAACCCCAGAGACGAGACCGGGAAAGGCUGUGAUAUUCAGUCAAUUGAGCUGGGAAGACCAGUGUCCUUGUAACAGGCCAUCUGAUAUUGAUGGCGUGGUGUCACACAAUAAGACGUGCCGUCGUCGCGCGGUUAUUAUACCGCUAGGACGCCAAACGACAAGAAGCGGAGAGGCCGAGGACCGAAGGGUAUCCUGAAACCGGACUGCCCUAGUCACAGGGAUGAAACGCACAUCUCGUUUUCGCGGCGCAGGUAUCAAAAAGCGACGCGAGUUACCAAUUCGGGCAGGAGGACCCUGUUCCUCGAAGUCUGGUCUCAAAAUAGCAGCACCCGGGAGCUGCACCGCAUCCGGCGGGGGGUCUCUAAUGGUAUGAUCCCGCUGUUCUGAGAAGCAGAUGCUGCUGUUUUAUCGGCGGAAAUAAAAAACCGAAAAUACCAAUAAAACCGGCUAUCCACAGCGACAGCAGUCAGCGGGAAGCUGCCGUUUUUUUUUUUGCAGGGGGAUCUGCCAGCGAGCCGAACCUGUCGCGGCGGCAGGUGGGGGAAAUCUGAUUUUAGGACAUCCAGACGUUAGGAGAAGCGGUAGAAACGGUGCAGGUGCGGACGCGAAUGAGCCUCUCUCCUGGCCGGCGGCCUCCGGGAAGUGGCGAAGGCGCAGGGGUCCGCCGCCGACAGCACAGCGCUGACAAAAAUGGGAGCCCGGCGCCGCUCGUCACAGCCGCGGCUCGUCCGUCUGCAACCUAGCAAGACCCGCAGGGUGAAGGAGUAGCACACAGAGACGGCGCCCACGGCAUCCAAGUCGCCCACAGAGGAUGUUCCGUGCAAGCACCCGGCCAGCUGAAGGUUGCUGGAUGGUCGCCGGAGCCCAGCAGCAGGAAGAGCCAUCCUGCUGAGGGCCACACAUGCAGGGCCGGGCGAUCCCCCUGCUCCUCCGCCCACCUGCACGCUCACCAGCGCGAUGCCCAGCCUCCCGGCCCCCAGCCUGGGCGGCAACUCCAGCGCCGCGCCCUGGGCCUCCUCUCCGGCCCACUGCGCGGUGAAGAUCGCCCUGAUCCUCGCCAUCCUCUGCGCCUCCCUGUUCGGGAACGUGCUGGUGCUCCUGGUGUUCCACCGCAAGCCCCAGCUGCUGCACGUGGCCAACCGCUUCGUCCUCAACCUGCUGCUGGCCGACCUGCUGCAGACCGUGCUGGUGAUGCCGUUCGCCAUCGCCGCCGCCGUCCCCGGCGUCUGGCCGCUGGACGCCCGCCUGUGCCAGGCCCUGGUGGUGCUCAUGCACCUGUUCGCCUUCGCCGGGGUCAACACCAUCAUCGUGGUGUCCGUGGACAGGUACCUGGCCAUCAUCCACCCUCUCUCCUACCCCACCCGGAUGACGCCUCACCUGGGGACCAACCUGAUCGCCCUCACCUGGCUGCUGAGCGUCCUGCAGAGCACGCCUCCCCUGUAUGGCUGGGGGGCCAUCGCCUUCGACCGGCGCCACAGCCUCUGCACGGUGGUGUGGUCCUCCAGUUACUCCUACUCCUCCUUGGUCUCCACCUCCUCCUUCUGGGUGCCCGUCUGCAUCAUGCUGGGCUGCUACUGGAUGGUGUUCCGGGCGGCCAGGAGGCAAAACGCCCUGGUCCACCCCACGCAGGCCGCCAGCCACGGCACCCCGGGCCCGGAGCAGCAGCAGCCCCUGGGGUACUCGGCGGGGUACCCCACGAAGACGCGGCACAGGAAGUUCCACUACCACUGCAAGGCAGCUAAGGUCGUCUUCGUCAUCGUGUCCUCGUACAUCUUCAGCAUGGGGCCCUACAGUAUCCUCGGCACCAUCUCCAUCAACCCCAGCAAUUCCGUGCCCCCCUGGCUCAGCUCCCUGGCCCUCAUCCUGUUCUUCUUGCAGUGCUGCAUUCACCCCUACAUCUACGGCUACAUGCACCGCAGCGUGCGCAAGGAGUUCCUGGCGCUGCUCUGCGGCUCCCUCUGCAGGACAGGCCAGCCGCGGGGCUCGGCCGCGGGCAGCUGCUUCACCGUGACCGACGGCCGGCCCGCGCACUCCCACUUCCCGGGCAUGGCGGCCCGGGUCUGCCCCCUGCGCACCUGGGAGGAGGGCACCACGUCCUCCUCCCCGACGGAGAGGAGGUCCAAGGACAGCCGCCGGGAGACCACCUCCGUCAGCCUCAGCUCCGAGAAGGAGCUCAACGUCCUGGCCAAGUGAGCCGAACGCGGGCAGGUCUUACCCCCCCCGCGGACUACAGCUGUACGCUACGCUGUGGCACGGCCCUGUGUGGGGUCCAGCCCACGUGCUGGUCGAGCUGCAGCUUUAACUGGUGUACAUAGAGAGAGACACGUUUCUGCAACCAAGUGGACGGGUAGACACCUGGGUUGCUUGGGUGUCUGAUUUUCUUGACAAAUUCAGGUUUGUGUCCAAAUUGCUCAGUCUUCAAAACAAGUCCUAUCUAUUACUGGCAGGAGAAAAGAGAUGCGUUCCACCCUGCAUACAGUACCUUCAUCAGAAUGCACAAUGUACAAUGUACCACGAAGCCUGGUCAGAGAACCCUACUUAUUCACAGUAUUUAGGCUGGGAUUAUUACACAUUUUUUCUCACUCAGAUGCUUUUUAGUUUAAUCUGUCAAUAGUCUAUGUUCAGGUUUUUUUUUUUUUACUUUUUUCAAGAAAAGGCCAAUCUGGUCUCUCUAAGGUCCACACAGACAUGGUGCUUUACUUAACAAAGAAAUCUCAUUAAGUGCUCUUUUUCAAGGAUUUCAGAAAGAGAGUAGGGCCACCUUAAGCCCAGUGUGCAUGUGUAUAGGUAUAGGUUUAUAGGUUAAUAAAUAAAGUCUUGGGUUCAACAUCUGACUUUUAAAAUAAUAGGAAGGCCAAAUGCAUCUAAUCACCGUCUGCAGUAUGAAUUUAGCUCUAAGAUUUUUCAGUGUGAGGGCUUUGAGCCAGAAGUGUGAAAGAGCAUCAGUAAGUCACAACAGGCUCGGCGUCUGUGCUCUGCAUUGUGUUUCCAGGUAGGUCAGAGGCAACGAUGACGAUGUGAGAAGGACACCGCUUUCCCCAGUAUGUUCUCUGCAUUGCUGCUGCCGAAGAAAAUUGCUCACAGCGAUGGCACGGGCACAGAGCCCGAAAGCACUGAGCCUGUUAAAGCUUAGACUGAGCUGCGAAGUAAACAGUGACACGUGUGUCUGGUAACUGAAACCAGCGUUUAGUUUUUAGACUUCCUCAUACAUGAGUCGCAUUCUUCUUUCUUGGUUUCUAGACUGCAGAUUGCCGGGUGUUUCUGGCAAGUAUUUGUCCGUCCCCCCGCCCCCGUUUCAUGUAGACAAAACUGCAAUCCCGAUUCAUUUUUUAGGAUUUAAAAUGACUGAGAAUGAGAUGCUGAUGGCCCCUAAUCCAGUGCGAUCCUUCCACAUGAAGAUGCCUUGUGGUGUUUGACUGCCCUAUGUCACAUUGGCCUAGGUGAUGUUCACUGCUACAGAAGUGCAAUAUUGUCUUGCUUGCCCCCAAUGUUGACAGCCAAGGACUCAAUAACAUACCCACCUGAAGCGAGAGUGCUUCUUACAGUAAGGGGGUUCAGACCCAUAAACUCUGCCAAGACACUUUACUGUGCUCUGAGAAAAGAACUACAUUCUCAUCUGAAUCUCAGCGCACCCUGAAAACAAGUCACUGUUUAAUGGGUAUUAAAAGGCCUUUCCUCAGUUUAAGGUAAUUCUCUUCAUACCCCUGAAAAGCACUUUGUAUUUCUGAUAAUUCAGGCUCUUUGGAAACCUCCAUGCUCUACAAUGAAAACGGCACAACUGUUAAAGAUUGUAUCAUCUGUAUUUUCUAAGAUGUCUGUAACUGAUGAGGAAAUUGCAACAGAAAAAAAAUCGGAUGGAAACUGCCAGCUUUGAUUGUAUAAAUAAAAUAAGAAUCGAAAGAACCAUUGGGAUCCUAGUUAAAUUGUGGAAAGGUUUUCGCAAGCUUCUCCGAGACAGAUCCAUCGUGUUCUACAUACUUCAUGCAAAACCGUGCGCAGCCCAGUUAUUAAGAGUUGGCAUUUUCUCUGUAGUCUAGUCUCCAGAAAGGUGAAAAUCAUAACAUCACGUGAAUGACUUCGCAAUUCCUGCAUCUGCCUUGGACUGUUAUAUCUCCCACUCCUCUUAGCACAAGUGCUGCACGUAAUGCUGUUCUAAAUGUGAACAGGAACCAAAACCAAACAGAACGAAAGAAAUGCCUGUUUUUGACAGCUAAUGUCAUUACUUCAGCUGCACUUUCAUAUUCAUAGGAUAUGUUCUUGCAGAAGAGUGAGCUGAAUACAUCAGCCCAUCUCUUAGUGUUGUUUACCAGAGAAAGGGAAAAAAGUCCAAGCAGUGACCCUUCUCAUGGAUCCAAGUCUGGUUGAUAAAAGAAACCUUAUACUGUUAAUUGUAGUUGUUUGGAUAUGAAGUGUUUGAAUAGUUACGCUCUGCACCGUUUACAGUUUGAGCUUAUUAAGAGAAUCUUCCGGCAUGUGACUUGACAAUUAGUGUAUUAAUACACACCCUGUAUAUACAUACUAACCAGACACAGCAAAUCAGAUGUUAAAACCUCAAAACCCCGGAAGAGGUUAUGAUGUGCAUGAAAUUGGUUUUUACUUUGCCAUAUCAUACCAGGCAAAGGGCUUUGUUUCAGUUGUGAAAACAGUGUAGACAAUCAAAAUGACCAGUUUAGGGAAAAGUAAAGGAUAAGUAGUAAUAGUACAAUUCUCUACCUGUGCUGUAACAGAUGGUUCAUACUUAUAUAUAUAUAGUAACAAAGAGAAAAGUAAUGACUAGUAUGUUUUAUAUGCUAUUUAUUAUCUAGAGGUUUAUGUAAAAUUUAUAUUGUGGAUUUUUCAUUUGAUCAUUUUCAGAAUGGUUUCAAACUACUUCUGUACAUUUUGUAUUAUGGAAUAAAAACACGUGAAGUUCUUAAAACUCUUAUUGUUCCAACAGCACCCAGAGGAGACAACAAAAAAUUCAAUACAACAUUAAAUGUUUAAAAAGUACAGAUCUGUGGUACCCUCUAAACAUUAAAGCACAUUAAAAAUAAAAAAAUGAGGAAGGCCAAAAAAAAACCCCCAUCUUACGUGCCAAGACAACAGCUAGUAAACCUGCACCAGGGUGCGUGUGUGGGUCUGGUCCUUGCAGUCAAACACCAAAAUCGGCCACAGCUGUGCUGUAGAAACAACUCGGGUCUCGACAAAACGAGAGGAAGGACAAAACAGGAGGACGAUCAACCCCGAGCAAAAUUUGCUGGACUACUCUGACCCAUCCUGGGCUUAACAUUUUUCAUUCCGACAUUGCAAACAAGGUUCGACCACUCAUUACAGAGCCUGCGGCUGGUUAGGUCUGAUACUGCUAGAUAAAGCAACAGGCAACGCUGAAUAUAGGUUAUUUGGCUGUCUCUAUCGUUAGGAGGACAAGAAUACAGGAAAUGGCAAAAGACAACCUCCCAGUUCAGCUGCUCGGCUAUAUAACAGGCCAGAAAGCAAUCUCUAAGUGAUCACGCCAGGUUGCCACAGAACAGCUGUCGUGAGAAUAUCUCUUCGUCUUUUCAGGGGUGGCUGCUUCACCAGGAGAGCGCUGCUUGACGAAUCCCACCUGCUUGGGGAAUCCUGGUCAUCCCUAGGGAUGUGACAUGCCCCAGGCUCGGACCGGAGCCCUUUACUGGAGGAGUCUCUCGGCAGGGCCCCAAGGUUUAGUACUUUCCUGGGGAGUCAAACAAAUGCUUAAAGAGCACAAGCAAACGGUUAACGACAGCACCAUGCCACAAAAAGGAUAUGUCUUUGUAAUCAAGGUUGUGCCAUUUAUUUCAUAUUAACCGAAGGACAGCAAUAAAAAUUCAAUAAAAAUAACGAGAAAAAGCAAACAGAUAUGAGACUGGGCACUGGCAUAGUAAAGAAAAGAAGAUAUUAAAAAAUUAUACAGGGCACUAUGUACAGGUAUUCAAUGCUACUCCUCUCACUCCCGACAGAAGACAGAAAAGACACUGGAAAAAAAAAAUCACAUUUUAAUU